AUGCCGCAACCUUUGAAUUCGAAAGAGUCCUCACUCUUUCGGCAAGUCAUACGCAACUAUGAGGACAAGCAGUACAAGAAAGGUAUCAAGGCUGCCGAACAGAUAUUAAAGAAGAAUCCCAAGCAUGGAGAUACUUUGGCGAUGAAAGCUCUUAUCUUGAAUUCACAAGGGAAGACGGACGAAGCCUUUGCGCUUGCGAAAGUGGCCCUUCAAUGUGACAUGAAGUCCCAUGUAUGCUGGCACGUCUAUGGUCUGCUCUACCGGGCAGUCAAGAACUUCGAGGAGGCUAUUAAGGCAUACAAGUUUGCAUUGAAGUUGGAGCCGGAGUCGCAACAAAUUCAACGGGAUCUGGCUUUGCUUCAAAUACAAAUGCGAGAUUAUCAGGGAUAUCUUGCCAGUCGCAAGGCGAUGCUAACGUCAAGAUCACAUAUUCGACAGAGCUGGACGGCAUUGGCGAUUGCUCUUCACCUGAUUGGUGAUCUCUCAGAAGCAGAAGGUGUCUUGACGACUUACGAAGAGACCUUGAAGAACCCGCCCCCGAAAACAGAUUUCGAAAACUCCGAGGCGGUCAUGUACAAAAACUCCUUGAUUGCGGAGCAGGGAAACAUCCAAAAAGCUUUAGAUCAUCUCGAAACUGCUGGAAAACACAAUCUGGACAGACUCGCUGUGUUGGAACUCCGUGCCAAAUAUCUUGCACAACUAGACCGCAAAGAGGAAGCUGCAAAAGCGUACCGGGCCCUGAUCAACCGUAAUCCGGAAUACAAGCUCUACUAUGAUGGUCUUGUAAACGCCCUGGAUAUUGCGCCUACCGAUCAUAAAGCUCUGAAAGCUGUUUAUGAUGAAUAUGCCGAAAAAUUCCCUCGAUGCGACGCGGCCCGCCGAUUACCUUUAGAUUUCUUACAAGGUGAUGAAUUUCGACAAGCUGCUGAACAGUAUAUUCAUCGCAUGUUGGAUAAGGGGGUACCUUCGACAUUCGCCAAUUUGAAGCAUCUUUAUGCGAACGAUUCAAAGAAGGAAAUCCUUCCGGCCGUUGUUCAACAAUAUAUCGAGCAUGUCAGCAGUACUUCUGGAGAUGAACCCAAAAAGAAUGGAGACACAUCGAGAGGAGCCUCUGCAGCAUUUUACUUCCUCGCUCAGCACUAUAACUACUACUUGAGUCGAGACCUUGACAAAGCCCUGGAGUACAUCGAUAAGGCCAUCGAGUUGGAACCACAGAGUGUUGAUUUUCACAUGACUAAAGCUCGGAUAUGGAAGCAUUAUGGUAAUACUCAAAAGGCUGCCGAAAUCAUGGAGCAAGCACGUUCUCUUGAUACCAGGGAUCGGCAUAUCAACACAAAAGCGGCAAAAUAUCAGCUCAGAAACAAUGACAAUGAAGCUGCACUCAAGACAAUGGGCUUGUUUACGCGAGCCGAGACUGUAGGCGGGCCAUUGGCCGAUCUACACGACAUGCAGUGCAUGUGGUUCUUGACAGAAGAUGGAGAAGCAUACGCUCGUCAAGGGAAGUUUGGGCUUGCACUCAAGCGAUUUACCUCGAUAUAUAAUAUAUUCGAUGUUUGGCAAGAAGAUCAAUUCGAUUUCCACAGCUUCUCAUUACGCAAAGGCCAGAUCAGGGCUUAUAUUGACAUGAUCAGGUGGGAGGAUCGUUUGCGAGAACAUCCAUUCUUUAGCCGUGCAGCGCUUGAUGCGGUCGACGUUUAUAUCAAGCUCCAUGACAAGCCUCUGUCGAAUGGGACGAAUGGGACUGGAGAGGAGGAUAGUGUGGAUGCUGUGGAACGAAAGAAGGCUGCUAAGAAGGCACGGAAAGAGGCCCAAAAAGCUGAGCGGGAAGCAGUCGCAAAGAAGAAUGAGCCCAACAAGCCAAAGGACCUAGAUGGAGAGGCUAAGAAGAAAGACGAUGAUCCAGAUGGAGUCAAGCUUGCUGCUACAACUGAGCCUAUGGCCGAUGCGAUGAAGUUCGUAACACCUCUUCUUCAAUUCAGCCCCAAGAACAUCAACGCCCAAUUAGCUGGGUUCGAGGUGUACAUUCGAAGGAAGAAGUACCUCCUCGCUCUUAAAUGCUUAUUAGCUGCGGCGGCUCUCGAUCGAGAGCAUCCCAAAGUCCAUGAACAAAUCAUCCGAUUCAAACAAAUCAUCGACAAAGAUGCCGAAACAUUGGCCCCCCAAACUGCGGAGAUUAUCAAAUCAGAAUUC